CGACAAAGAAUUAUUAUUGUCCAGUAACGGGGGCGGUUUGGAUAUUGCAAAAAGAAUGCCCCUGUCCCGUCCCCUCCUAUUUUAUGGCCAACCCCAUUCUGCUAUUUGGAUACUAAGUAAUGGAGGGAUUGGCUUUGAACAGUCGGCACGUCAAUACAGAGCAAAUAUAUUACCUAGCAAUGUUAGAAUAAUCGCUCCCUUUUGGAAUAGAAAUGAUUUGAGAGUUGGGGGCAAAAUAUUCUAUCGAGAAGUUACCGGCGGCCGUGUACUCGACCGUGGUCAAAGCGAAAUACGUUACCAAUACGAACUUGAAGUUAAAGUACACACUGCAGUGCUGGUUACAUUUGAUAAAAUGCAGCCUGUGGGGACUGAUCCUUUACCUGACGAAAAUACCAACACUUUCCAAUUAGCCCUCUUCUCCACAAGCAAUGGAACUUUUGCUAAUUUUAUUUACAGCAAUAUUGGAUGGACCCAAGGGGCAGAAGCCGGUUUUAAUGCUGGGGAUGGAAACAAUUUCUUUGCCCUUCCAACCUCUGGCACUGGAAAUAUUAUGUAUUUGGAGGAUUAUGGAAAUACUGGCAUCCCAGGAGAAUGGAUGUUUAUUUUGGGAGAUGAAAGAAUUCAACGAUGCAAGGCUGGAAUUAAGGGGGAUACUUGUGAUGAAGCUUGCAAAGCUGGCGAAUUUGGUCCUGAUUGUGUUCGUUGCUGUCAUUGUGCAGAGGGUACUUGUCAUGAAGCUACUGGUGAAUGUAAAAAGGGUGAAUGUUCACAGUGCUGGACAGGGAUUGCUUGUCAACAAAAACAAUCCCGUUGUUCAAACAAAGGCUCAAAAUGUGCCCAAAAUGCUCUACAAAUGACAGAUUAUAAUAAAUGUGGAGAACCUCAAUAUCGUUGCGAGUGUUUGGCAGGCUUUACAGGGGAUCCUUACACUGAAUGUUCAGAUGUGGAUGAAUGUACUCGACAACCAAGCGUUUGCCACCAACUGGCACAGUGUUCAAAUACACCGGGAAGAUUUUUCUGUCAAUGUCCUGAAGGGUUUCAAGGCGAUGGUAUUUCUGAAUGUGUUGCUUCAUUCCUCUAUCCUUUUGACCAAUCUCAUUUACUUCCUUCAAAUGAAAAGGAUGGAAGAGUUAUGGAAUGGAGAUUAAGUCAUCCUCUUCGAAUAUUUGGACGUGACAGGGACACUAUUUGGCUGACAAAUAAUGGAUUGAUUUUGGUGAAGGGGGCCAAGAAUGUUCCUUCUAUAAGGGAUGAACAACACAAACUUGAUGGGAUGGAUGUUCAAGGGGUUGCCCCACUCUUUGUGCCCAUCGAUAUGACUUCAAACGGAAAAAUUCUAGUCGAAGAAACAACCGAUCCUCGUAUAUUAGGCAAAGCAGCCCAAUUAAUUAAUACACAAUUGGGUGCUUCUUCCGAACAACAACCUCGUUUUGUAGCAACACACGCCUUAUUAGUAACUUACUCAAAUGUUAGUAUAGGCAUGUCUAAAACAACAAAAGAAGCUACAAAUACCUUCCAAGCACUCUUAAUUGGUGGAAAAGACAGGCAAAAAAGAGGGGAAAGUUCUACUGUUACUUUUGUUCAGUUUCUUUAUCGGCUCCGGACAGAGACAACUCUAUUUUAUUGCCUGGUUCGGGUACUGAAGGUAUUGAACAGCUUAGUCAACUCAGCAAUGCACGGUGUGUUUAUUGAGGGGACAUUUUGUCCCAUAGAGGGGACAUUUUGUCCCAAAAAAAUUUUUUUAAAUCAAACUUUUUUCUUUUUCAGUUCCCAAGGAAUUUGGCUCUAUCGAAUAGACGAUUUGGUCCCUUCAGCCUGUUUAAGACCAGAAUUACAACCUCCCUAUUGUGACACACUCUCUGCAAGUCUCUCAGGACCGUCUAAGCCUAUAGAAAAUUCUAUAGCAUCAGCACAACCAAAUACUUCCCCAAAUCCUCCAGAAGAGAAAGAAAAAAUUAAAGGGGAGGAGGAAGAGGAGGGGGAAAAUUUUGACAAAGGAAGAGAACAACAACAACACCAAAAUUUGCCUGAUUUUUCAAGGGAAGAGCAAAGCGGUGAAGAGAAACAAUUUCAAUUACAACCUUCACCAACAAUUUUGCCCAAUAAAAAACCAGCAAUUGUGCAAAUUCAAAGUAGAGAGUUUGAAAUGCCCCCAGACGCAUUUGAAGAUUUUAAUAUUCGAACAACAAUAAAAACAACUACAACAACAAACAUUCCCACAAACAUCCCAACAUUUAAUAAAAAUAACGAUAAAAACAAAUGGUUGUCAUCGCAACAACAAGAAAAACAUGAAGAGGAGAGAGAAGAAGAAAAUGAGGGAGAACAACAUGUAAUUAUACCAGAAUUAGUCAAUUUACAAACAAAACAGACAACAACAACAAAAACAUUACAACAAACAACACCUCAACAACAAACAUUGUUUUCUGCUAAAACAACAGAAAAAGUUGCAAGUUUACCAAGUUUUGUUCCAAUAGAAAAAUCUCCAUCAAAAAUUGUUUUUGAUGGACGUUUUCAACAUAAAAUUGAAGAUGAAAGUUUAUUUAAUGGAAAUAAUAAUAAUAGUGGUGUUUUCCCUUCACCUCCACCAAUGGAAACUAUCUGGCCUGUAGAAGACAAGGAAAACAUGAAACAAACAAAACAUGAAAAACACGAAGAAAUGGAAAAUGUUGGGGAAGAAGAAAACAACGAAAACAACAAACAAACCAGUAAAAACAUGCAAGACAACAAAAACAUUAAAAACAACAUCACACAAACAGAAAACACAAAAACAUUGUUGCCAACAAGUUUAAUAUCAGAAGAAACUUCAACAACAUUAAUUACAACAACUAUGGAAGAUAGAAACAACUUACUCUUUGUUUUUAAUAAUACAAAAACGAAGCCUGUUGCUACAACCAAAAAAGUUGUUAUUCAAACAAAACCUAGCACCACUCAAGUACCCAAACAUAAACAAGAAAAUCCGGAUGGUGAUGAUUUGUUAAUGGAAGAUUGGGGUAGUGAUAGAGAAAGUGGAAGUGACUCUCUAUUAGAAGGGGUUGUUACUCCAAAUAAGCUAUCCAUAGUUAUUCCUAUAGCUAUUGUUCUUGUUUGGUUGGUAGUUCUGCUUGUUGUCGCUAUAUUUUUGUGUUGUCGAAGAAGGUUAGAUUUGUCUACAAUUAAUUUUUCUUUUGUCUAG